GCCCAUUUUCUUCACUUUCCCUGUUCCAAGUCUAAGAUCUGACCUCAGAUCUGACACCAGUACGAAGUCUCUUAUAAAAAGUAGAUAAAAAAUUCAUCUGUGAACAACCAACGACAAAAAUUUAUGCAAGCUUUUGCAAGAUCAUCGUUUAAUUAGUUCAACAAUGGAGAAGAACCUUACUUUCUUCUUCUUCUUCUACUGCUUUAGCAUUUUCAUCUUUUUCACAAAUAUUCACUUGUUAUUAGCAGCUGACACCAUAACUCCAGGAGGGUUCAUCCAGGAUGGUGACAAACUGGUUUCUUCAGCCCAAAGGUUUGAGCUUGGCUUCUUCUCUCCUGGACAAUCAAAAAGCAGGUACCUUGGAGUAUGGUACAAGCAGAGCCCUGAGAAAGUCGUGUGGGUUGCAAAUAGAAACAAUCCGAUUCCUGAUUCUAAUGGAAGUUUAGCCAUUAGCGAUGAUGGAAACCUUCUUCUUCUCAAUGGGUUAAAGGGGGUGAUCUGGUCUUCAAACAUUUCUAGGAAACUAGAAAAUCCAGUGGCACAAUUAUUGGACAAUGGAAAUUUUAUCGUUAAGGAUAAUUUUAGCUCAAAUGUUUCUGAAAGCUAUCUUUGGCAGAGCUUUGAUUCUCCAACAGAUAUAUUGCUACCUGAAAUGAAGCUGGGAAGGAACUUGAAGGCGGGUUUUGAUAUGUAUUUAACCGCAUGGAGAAGUGCUGAUGAUCCAUCUUAUGGAGACUUUACUCUCAAACUCGAUAUUCAUUUGUUAUCUGAAAUGGUAAUUUACAAUCGAUCAGUGAAGUUUGCCCGUACUGGGCCAUGGAAUGGAGCUUUCUAUGGAGGCAUACCCACAAAGCCAAACUUGCUGUUUGUGCCGAUUGUGGUGAAUAAUCAGGAUGAGUAUACUUACAGGUAUGAGUCUUUCAAUAAUCCCAUUGUCAUGCUGUUAAAAUUGAAUAAUUCUGGUAUGAUACAAUGGCAAGUAUGGAAUGAGAGGACUACUGGAUGGGAUGUUGUGUAUAUAGCGCCGGAAGAUUUGUGUGGACAUUAUAGGCAUUGUGGGGCUAACAGUGUAUGCGACAUUGACAAGACUCAAAUUUGUGAGUGUUUAAAGGGGUUUGCGCCCAAUUCACAGUCUAACCAGACUUCAUUUAAUGGAUGUGUGAGACAUUCGCAAUUGGAUUGUAAAGGCGGAGAUGAAUUUAUAAAGCUUGAUGGGAUUAAACUGGCUGACUUGAUAGAUGUUUCUCUGAAUGAGAGUAUGAGUCUUGCAGAAUGUGAGGCUAAAUGCUUGAAUAACUGUUCUUGCCAAGCUUAUAUUAAUUCCAAUGUAACUGGUGGAGGCAGUGGCUGUUUAAUGUGGUUUGGGGAUUUGAUUGAUAUCCGAAAGCUUGUUGAGAACCGAGGGACACAGGAUAUCUUUAUUCGAGUGCCUGCUUCAGAACUAGGCACAAACUCAAGCGUUCAGAGUUCUACAGAUAAUAAGAAUAAAGGAAACGGUAAGCCUAUAUGGACAAUUUUCAUACCAAUCCUAACUCUAGCAAUGGUUAUUUUGGGUUUCAUUGUUACUUAUGUGAGGAGAAGCAUCAGAAGCAAAGGGGAGGAUCUGUUGCAAUUUGAUGUUAGUAUGGGCCUGGAUGAUGACCAUGCGGAGCUUACCGAAGUAAAGAAGCCUGGAGAAAGCAGGAGUAGAAAGGAAGUAAAAUUGCCAUUAUUCAGUUUUGCUAGUGUUUCUGCUGCGACAGAAAAUUUCUCAUCCACAAAUAUGCUUGGUGAAGGGGGAUUUGGUCCUGUUUACAAGGGAACAUUACUGAAAGGAGAUCAAAUAGCUGUCAAAAGGCUCUCCAAAAGAUCCGGACAAGGAUGGGAGGAAUUAAAAAAUGAAGCAAUUCUCAUAGCUAAGCUCCAACAUAAGAAUCUUGUUAGACUUUUGGGCUGCUGCAUUGAACAAGAUGAAAAGAUUCUGAUCUAUGAAUACAUGUCGAAUAAGAGCUUGGAUAUCUUUCUCUUUGAUCCUGAGAAGCGUAAAUUGUUAGAUUGGACUAUACGUGUUCGAAUUAUUGAAGGGAUUGCUCAAGGACUUCUCUACCUUCAUGAAUAUUCUAGAUUGCGAAUUAUUCAUAGGGAUUUGAAAGCUAGUAAUAUAUUGUUGGAUAAAGAUAUGAAUCCUAAAAUUUCCGACUUUGGAAUGGCAAGAAUAUUUGGAGGGGAUGAGCUGCAAGCGAACACACAGAGGAUUGUUGGAACUUAUGGAUAUAUGCCCCCAGAAUAUGCCCUUGAAGGCGUCUUCUCAAUAAAAUCUGAUGUCUUUAGCUUUGGGGUGUUGUUAUUGGAGAUUAUCAGUGGCAAGAAGAACACCGGUUUCUAUCAGGCCGAGUCUGUCAAUCUUCUGGGUUAUGCAUGGGAUAAAUGGACAAAUGACAGGGCACUGGACAUGAUGGAUCCAGUAUUAGAAGAUGCAGCCUCUGAGCAUAUAUUGCCAAGAUAUGUCAACAUUGGGCUGCUUUGUGUUCAAGAAAAUGCAGAAGAUAGACCUUCCAUGUGUGAUGUUGUCUCCAUGCUCAUGAAUGAAACUGCAACACUAUCUUCUCCAAAACAACCUGCUUUUGCACACGUAAGAAGUCAGGGCGGUUCUAGGUCGUCCGUCACUAGACCAGAGAAUUGUUCUGUCAACGAUAUAACUGUUACAAUUAUGGAACCCCGUUAACUUUAAGUACUUCCAUGAUCAAUGUCAGGUGUAUAUAUUUUGUUGUGUAUGUGCUUAGUGGAGAUAAAUUUAUACAUACAGUUCAGUUUUAGAGAAAUGAUAUCUUUUGAGCUCAAAUGUGUUGGGGGUGCUUGACUCUUAGGUGCGUUUUGUUAGAAAAUUUCCUGAAUGUGGAUAAACAUUGAUAUUCUUUUAAUUUAAUGAAAUGUAGGUAAACGUAUAAUCCUGUGAAUUAUGUUUUAUAC